GAAGUUACUCACCGGCCGGUUUGAAUCAAGCAGCGCCGUCGUGUUCGCUAAAGUUUUUGUUUGUUUCUCUUCAAUUGGGUUACCACGAUGUCUGAGCGUAGAAGAUGGGAAACACUGCAGGCGCUCAAAAACUCUCCGAAGGGAAAAAUCCGCUUCGAUCCCUUCUGGUCCGAGCGCGGCGAGGACAUCAUGAUGGGAUGCAAAGAGGUCCUCAUCCUGUCCCCUCAGUCAGAGACCACGCUCAAGCGCCUCAGCAGCUUGAGUAACCAAAGAAGCAGCUCUCAGGGUCUCAGCUCGGGCAAGUCUCGCCCAGGACUCUCCGAAGAAAUCACAGAUUCUCUCAGCUCCCUCACCCCCUCGUCAGACGUGUCUGUGAAGAAUAACACUCUGACCGUCACCGUGUCGGAACAGUCUUGUCGGCAUAUAGUGCUGGAGCCCCAUGAUGACCCAGAUGUCCCUGAACUCAGCAGUCCUUCACCGCCACCCGUCAUCUCUCUGAUGUCUCCGAAAUCCAUGCAGACAACUGGACGGAUCCUCAUAUUUGAGGAGGAGCAGAGAGCGAAAGCGAAGAUGGCGCUCCAAAGGCGACAGGAGCUCCAGGAGAAGCUAGUGGCCGCAGUGGCGACCAGCGAGUCUGAGCAGCUGAAACGUUUUGAGGAGUUUAUGGAGCUGAAGCAGCGGCAGGAGUUUGAGAGCAUGAGAGACAUGAUGGACAAAGAGACCAAAGAGAGUCUGGGGCGCCAGGAGAAGCUGAAGGAGGAGCACCGACACCGGAUGAAGAUUCUGAACCUGAGGCUGCGUGAGGCUGAGCAGCAGCGUCUGCGCGAAGCUGAGCUAGAGAGGCAGCGGCAGGUGGAGGGUCGCGAGCGGCUGAGGAACCUCAAUACUAUCCAGGAGGAGAUCCUGCAGCUCAACCAGCUGCUGGAGCCCACCGCCAGCAGCCAGCUGCCGCAGGAGAGCCUGGCCGCAUUCAGCUGCCGCGGUAACCAGCUCUGCUCGCAAGUGUCGGAGGUGGUCCGGAAGACCACCAAGGGAGACUUCCCCAGCGUGGACGACAUGACAGUGGCGGAGAGAGCACUGCACCAGAUGAGGGCGCUGAUCCGGAGCAUGCAGGAGGAGGUGGCCCAGGCGCAGGAGGAGAAGAAGAAAAAGGAGCAGCAGGCAGAGGAGCGCAGGAAGCAGGAGGAGCUUCAGACCCAGCAGGAGGCCCAGAAAGAAGCAGCGAGGGUGGCAAAGGAGAAGGCUCAGAAGAAAGGCCUGCAGACCAACGCUGAGCUGAGCACGCUGCAGUGGCUGCAGAAGCUCCAGGAGUCAUCGGACCUCUGUUGUCAGUCCUUCCAGCAGCUCAGCUCUCCAAGCGACACUCAGACCAAGAAGCUGAAGCUGGAGCUGCAGAAAGCAGCCACCAUCCCGGUCAGCCAGAUCUCCAGCAACUCGGGCUCCGAGCUGCGCAAGGUCUUCGAGAAGAUCGACCGGCUUCUGUCGGGUCAGCAGGUGUCGUCCGUCAGCACCUCGCAGCACCCGCAGGCCCGGGACUUCGUCUGCUACAAGCUGGCUGAGAAGUUUGUGAGACAAGGAGAGGAGGAAGUGGCGUCUCACCAUGAAGCUGCCUUCCCCAUCGCCAUCGUAGCGUCAGGCAUCUGGGAGUUGCACCCCCAAUUUGGCGACCUGCUCUUGGCCCACCUGCACAAAAAGUGCCCCUACGCUGUGCCUCACUACCCCCCGAUGAAGGAGGGCACGUCGGUGGAGGACUACCAGAGACUUCUAGGGUACCGUGUGGAUGACUGCGGGGUCGAAGGUCAGGACAGCUUCCUUAAGAGGAUGUCCGGAAUGAUCCGCCUGUAUGCAGCCUUGAUCCAGCUGAGGUGGCCGUACGGCGCCAAGCACUCGGAGCCGCCUCAUGGCCUGAACAAUGGCUGGCGCUGGCUCGCUCAAACGUUGAACAUGGAGCCGCUGGCUGACAUCACGGCGACGCUGCUCUACGACUUCCUGGAGGUGUGCGGGAACGCUCUGAUGAAACUGUACCAGGCCCAGUUCUGGAAGCUUCUGCUGCUGCUCAAGGACGAAUUCUUCCCACGGAUCGAGGCAGUGACCAGCAGCGGUCAGAUGGGCUCGGUCAUGAGGCUCAAACAGUUUUUGGAGACGUCGCUGCGCAAUCGACAGAUCCGACCCCCAAAAGGUCUGCUGGGCCCUGAGUUCUGGAGGACCUGAGGCCCGUCACUGGAGUGGACCUGAACCGCUGCUGUCCGUCAGGAGAUAUUUAUUUUAGGAUCUUACAGACUUAUAACAGAGCUCUAUUUUUUCACUCUGUGAGUUGCUGCAAUGGCAACAGACAUGAAAUGUUUAGGAACCAUUUUGGGUCAACCUGGACAUGAACAUUUUUGGCUGAUGCCAUUUCAUACUUUUGUGGAUGAAGAUUUGUGUCCGCUUUUCAGCGUGAGUCAGCAGUUUCUCAGCAGAUUAAGGUUUUCAAAACAAUGUGAUGAGCUGCUGAGUUGUUUCUCUUCAGAAUCAUGGGAGGAAAUAAAAUGUUCAUGCUUGA